CUCUAACAAAAUAUUACUACCAAAGAAUCACCAACAUGUCGUCGAAUACCUAUGACAUCGCCAUAAUUGGUGGCGGUACCUCAGGCCUUGUUCUAGCGAAUCGUCUCUCUGAGGAUCCGAACUUACAGGCCAUCGUCCUUGAAAGUGGCGAAGAUCGUAGCUCAGAGCCCAACACACUGACCCCUGCCGACUGGACAUUCCAUACAAUCCCUCAAAACAACCUCGGAAGGCAGAUCACAGUACCGCAGGGGAAAGCUCUGGGGGGUUCUAGUGCAAUUAAUAGCUUUCUCUUUACCUCCACGUCCAAGGCGAAUCUAGAAGCAUGGAAAAGUCUAGGCAAUGAGGGUUGGGAAUAUCAUGUAUUUGAGGAAGCCCUUAAGAAGUCAUUCACUCUACACAAGCCUUUGAGCGUGACUGAAGGUAAGGGUCCGCUCCAACUCACACUCGCUGCGCCUGAGGGUCUUUGGGAGAAGGCUUGGCUUGACGGCCUGGAGUCUGUGGGAUUUGCGCGAAGCGAUCCUCUUUCUGGGCAUUUUGGUGGACCUAUUAUUGCCCCUGAAAGUAUCGAUCCCAAGACAAAGCAGAGAAGCUAUGCGAGUAAUGCCUAUUUGGACCCUAUUCGAAGCAGGCCGAAUCUAACAAUUCGGACUGAGACGACUGUGACUAAGGUGCUGCUUGAAAAACCUUCACAGGGUGCCGAUGCUAUUGCCAAGGGUGUCCAAUUUGUCUCGAAGGACGGUACGUCCCAAACAAUUGGAGUCCGCAAGGAGGUCAUCCUUUCUGCUGGGGUCAUCAACUCGCCCCGGCUUCUCGAGCUUUCGGGUAUAGGCGACUCUGAUCUACUCCAGCGUCUACGGAUCAUUGUCAUCAUUGAUAACCCGCACGUCGGCGAAAAUUUGCAGAACCACCUCUUCACAGGCCUGGUUUUUGAGGUGCGGGACGGCGUGGACACGAUUGACGCUUUCUUCCGCCAGGAGCCUGAUGCCGUGGCCGCUGCGAUGCAAGACUAUGGCACCAAGGGCGCGGGCCCUCUAAGUACUAGCAACAUAGUAACCAUGGCACAGCUUCCGCUACCCGAAUUCCAUUCGCAAAACGGGCGCAAGGAGAUUGACCAGCUACUCAGCGCCCAGAAGCCCGCCUCCCCACCAACGACAUCGGCUUUCGCCGUGGCUCAUGAGGCAUUUGUACGGACCACCCUCACGACACCUUCGGAAGCAGUGGGAAACUACCUGUCACAUCCGCUGUCCCGGGGUUCCGUACACAUCACUAGCGCCGCACCUGAGAACACCAACACCAACACCAACGAAGGCUUAAGCAUUGACGCUCGAUACCUCUCGCAUCCUUUCGAUCUAGAGGUACUUGCACGCCAGGUUCGCUUUAUGGAAGAUACAAUCACUCGCGCGGAGCCGCUUACGCGCUACCUAAAGCCAUACACCAAGCGGUUCACAGACCUUGAAGUAGCUAAGGACUACGUGCGCCGCACAGCUGACGGCGCGUACCACUACACUGGCACCUGCUCGAUGAUGCCACGGGCGAUGGGCGGCGUGGUGGACAACAAGUUGCGAGUUCACGGCUGCGCUAAUCUUCGCGUGUGUGAUGCGAGCAUCAUACCUAUAGAGCCAACCGCAAACCCCCAAGCCGUCAUUUAUGCGAUUGCUGAACUUGGUGCUGGCUUCAUUAAAGAAGGUACAUUGUAA